AUGGCAAGUUCAUAUCCAAAGGACAAGAUUGCAUUCCUGUACAUCCACAGAGAGAGUGGUGAGAUUGGCUUCGUCUCACAAUCUGCGUCCAGGCAUGUCCCAGUACUAGCAGCAAAGUGUGAUUUCUUGUUCUCCUCCAUGGUCGCGAGUGACAAGGCGGAAGAUUUAGAGGCGGCUAAGCAGGCCACACGCUCAGUUGCUCCAGAGAUGAACAAGUACACCAUUUCCAUGCUUGGAGCAGCAGCUGACCAGGAGUGGACAGCCACCGUCUACGAGAGAUACAUUGGGAACGGGUUCGAGGGCGUGGUUUUCAUCCAGGAUCCCAAUCUCCAGGAGGAGGACGGCGAGAGCAUGAGCUAUCUGGCCUCUCUGCUGCUGGACAACGGCGUCAUGACCAGAGAUUGCCUUCUGGAGCCCUCCAGCUCGCACACACCUCAAGAGGUGGACGACAUCACCUCCCAAGUUGUGGACAUCAUCGAGAAGAAUUACAUCCACUUCCCAAAGCACGACCAGUGGUUCACAAGUGGGGGCAAGCAGAGGUUUGCGGACAAGGUGAGGUACCACGUCGCAAGAAACAUUCCACUCGAGUUCGUCUUGCCCGCAUUUCCAGUCAAGUCGUGCAAUCCCGACAAGACUCUGGGAAAGUGCCCGGACAAGGCCGAGGAGCUGGCCAUCCAUUCCAUGAAGAUUGUUGCGGAUCUCAUCAAGGCCGUGUAUGCUCCAGGCGUGCACUACAACGUCGCCUCGGAUGGCCAUGUCUUCUCUGAUCUCGUCGGCUCGGACGACGCUGCUGUGGAUUCUUACGGCGAGAUGUUUUGGGAGAUGGCACACAAUCUGUAUCCCGGCCUUGUCAAUUUCUUUCGCCUGGAUGAGUUUCUGCUGGACAACCACAGUGACAAAGACAUUGCAAAGCUUAUCUCCAACACCACCGUGGAGCAUCCCGUUGCGACUGAGCUCACCGCCAAUGCAGAGAAUGCCAGGCGAGCUCUCAUGUGCUUGUUUGGAUGUGACGAGUCAACCGUCACCAAGGAGAUCAAGGAGGACCCGGAGACACGCAAUCUAUAUCGUGGCUUCUCCAGGUUCAUGCUCGAGGACUUGUACGAACACAAGAGCUGCAAGAAUCUCCCGUCAAAGUCGGCCAAGAAGAAGCUGUGCAGCCAGGUUGCCUUCCUCAUGAUCCUCAGGAACCGUGCAUACUCGGCCAUGGUGGAGUGGCUCUUCCCUUUGCAGCUGCGCAUUUCCAUCCACCCGCAUCCAAACAGAGGUCCCAAGUAUGGCAUCAACAUCAUCCAUUCCUCUCUAGUGGCAGCGCAGCGUUCUUCCGAGGAGAAGAACUUCCACAUCCCAACACCAUGGCACAACGCGGUGGUGGAGCUGGCAGAUGGCAAGUUCAUGCUGCUGCACUCCAAAGUCAUCCGAGGUUCGAGUAUGCAGGCCACAGAAAUGGCCUGUGAGCAGCUCGAGUUGAGUCAACAGUUGGUUCUCAAGCGUCAAGGCUACAGAAUGACGCUGGUGACAUAUCCAGACGGCAGACCCAGCCACUACAGGCAGGUCAGUGUCUGCUAA